AUGGUUGUAGUGAACGGUGGUGGAAUCAUUGUCUGUGGACCAAAUGGCUUUAGGCUCCAAGGCGAAGUUAAAGUAUCCAUAAAUGGGAUCGAGGUUUUUUCUGAUGAAAAACUGUUCCAGGUGAGUUGUCGAGACAUCGACCGGCUUGUAUUGAUUUCCCCUCAAUUUUCAUCGUCGUUACCCGCGUCUGUGGGAUCCUCAGUACAGUCCUCUGUGGGAGGUUCCUCAAAUCAACGACGUUACCUCGCAAGCCACAUUCCACCUACCUGGUACACCGUCGGCAUUUCUACGAAGGCGUUUCUUUUCUACGAGUUCAGCGUCCCUACUCGAAGUGAGCAGGAGCUCAUAUACAAGGCUCUCUCCGAUUACACCAAACUACCGACGCCGUCUUGGAGCGACCAUAAACUCGAAGACUUUCACGUAGUGGCGAAUGGAUGGAAGGCCUUUUCGCCACAAGGUGACUUUGCAGAGGAGAUCGCCGCAGGUAUAUGUCGUGUUAGCCACGUCAACGCCAACUACCAGGUCUGCGCAAGCUACCCGGAGUGUGUUGUCGUCCCCAGAUGUGUGGACGACGACGUCAUAGUUGGUGCCGCGGCCUGCCGACAUGGUCGCCGAUUUCCCGUCAUCAAAUACUUCCACGCCAACAAAUCCACGUUUCUAGCAACAGCGGGCGAAUUAACCGCCUUGAACCGCUCCUCAAACAAAGCCAACACAGACUCGGGCGACUUGUCUCUUGUUUCGUCCCUCCUAACAACUUCUAGCUCGGCUCAGCGAUGUCGUACCAACGAAAUACUGCUGGGGGCCAUGCUACCUAGCAGUGGGCGGGGUCUGGUUAUUGAUCUGCGCAGCGUCGCUUUCGGUGGGAGCUCGGGAUCAUCGAAAACAGCAAAAAUCGAACACAGGCGACACCGGGAUCUGGCCCCAAUUACAGAAGCAAAUCGGCCCGUAGGUAUCCACAAGCGUUGGCCAACCAGGCGCUACUUUAGAGCCGCAGACAUCGACCAGUAUGACCAGAGGUGGAAGCGCACAUCGAAGCCCUUGCCCGAAAUCGGAGAGAUUUUCACCAUCUUCGGCGACUUCAUUCAGGGUAAGUGGUUUCUGUGCCCGACCAAUCUAUCCAAGCCUGGUUUGUCAAUCCUGCCCUCUGUCAUUUCAGACAUCACACGGCCGACCGAAUUCAACCCCCUGCAAAUAUCAACGACCUACACUCUGCCGGGCCUCUUGCCAACCAGUAACGCGGAUUUGUCCUCGGCAUCUCGCACGAUUAGCUCCGUGGACGAGGCGACUAGCGCCAACGGCGAGGCCUUUGCUGGUGUCAAGGUCAGCAUCAAGAAGACGAGCGCGUGGUUGUCGCUGGUGCGCGACUCCCUCGCCGUGGCCGUGGCCGGUGCUUGCGCCCUCGACGGCCGAGAUCAGCCCGCGCGUCAACAGCUGGACCGCGAGAAGGCAUUGCUGACGCAGAAAUUCUCCGCCUCCAGUUCCGAGUUGGCCGAGCUGAACGAGCGCCUCGGUGCCAUGGCCACCCAGGGCGCCGCCGUCCUGAUUGUCGGCAGUGGGGAGGGUCGCGACCGAAGCCUCCUCGUCUCCUCCCUCAUCCAAGUCAUCCUCUCACCCCACGCCCGUACUAUACGCGGGUUCGAGAGUCUCAUCCAACGUGAAUGGGUGUCCUCAGGCCACCCAUUCCCCGAUCGAUGCUCCCACCUACUGCCUCCUCUUCGAUCCUCCAAUGAACCGGCCUCCUCUUCAGACUGUUCUCCGGUGUUCCUGUUGUUCCUGGACUGCGUUUGGCAGAUCUUGUGUCAAUAUCCGGGAUCCUUUGAAUUCACCGAUGACCUCCUUCUGCUAUUGGCGGAGCAUGUCUACGUGUCGGAGUUCGGAACCUUCUUGGGGGACUGCGAUGCAGCAAGGAAUUCCCUGCACUUGUCAAGGGCCACUGUGUCAUUCUGGCGUUUUGUUAGUGCUGCUGUGAAGCGCGUUCCCUCGGGAACCGUAGAUGAACCUCGUGCACAUUCUAGGUCCUACGUCAACUCACCGGAGGUGUUGCCGAAAUUGCGGAACGUCCUCUUCUCACCUAGCCCAGAGGAUGCUGCGGUCAGCUCCACCGCGUGCUGGCCUUGUCUUGCACCCCAAGCCCUGUUAGCGAUUGAGUCUCCACUGGCCGGAUUGGCGUCGGGUAUCGGCGCUUGCGAUCAACUAAAAAAUCUGGCGAGAAUUAUACCAGCGCACCAUAUUGCCAAACCCCUGUCGGAUUUGGUCCAGUCAAAGAGAGGCGUUGGUCACAGCCCACAGGAAGUACAACGAGGCUCUCAAGAUGGCGCGACAUCUCAAGCAGUGAGUCCAGUGGCUGUUAGCGUGACCCUCUUUAAAAGGAAUUUCCGAACGCCUAUUUUUCCGCGAUGUUUUUGUUUCGAAGUUCUACGUUAA